AUGAUAACAUUUGAAAACAAUAUCAUGAGAUUAUUCAAACUGAAAGUUGAAGCUUAAGAAUUAAUUGAUAUAAAAGCUCAAUGUUUUAAUUUCAUAUUACUUUAGAGAAGUAUAAUCAAUUAGAUGCCAUUUCUUAAGCACAAAUUAAUUAAUAUAGAUAAGAAAUCGAUGCUUUGAAAUAGUAAUCUGUCGAAUUGUAAGAUCAUUAUGAAAAACAAUCUCUUAUAUUUUAAUAAAAGAUUAACUCUUUGUCAGAAGAAAUUAAAAUUUUGAAUUAUGAAAAUGAUAAAACAGAGAAUAAUUAUCAAAAUGAAAUGUAUUCACCUUUAUUAUAUUAAAGAUAAGAACUUAAUAGUGUUAUCUAAUAAUUAUAAGAAGGAAUCUAAAGUCAAUAAUCAAAAUUCUAAAAAGAAAUUGAUAACCUCAAAUUAAUGCACAACUAAGAACUUUAUAUUCUCAAGAAAAGAAAAUGA